AUGGCGGAGAAGGCGCUGGAGGCCGUGGGCUGUGGACUAGGACCUGGGGCUGUGGCCAUGGCCGUGGCGCUGGAGGAUGGGGCGGAGCCCCCUAUGCUGACCACACACCUGAAGAAGGUGGAGAACCACAUCACCGAAGCCCAGCGCUUCUCCCACCUACCCAAGCGGUCAGCCGUGGACAUCGAGUUUGUGGAGCUGUCCUAUUCCGUGAGGGAGGGACCCUGCUGGCGCAAACGGGGUUAUAAGACUCUCCUUAAGUGCCUAUCAGGUAAAUUCUGCCGCCGGGAGCUGAUUGGCAUCAUGGGCCCCUCAGGGGCUGGCAAGUCCACGUUCAUGAACAUCUUGGCAGGAUACAGGGAGUCUGGAAUGAAGGGGCAGAUCCUGGUCAAUGGGAGGCCGAGGGAACUGAGGACCUUCCGAAAGAUGUCCUGUUACAUCAUGCAGGACGACAUGCUGCUGCCACACCUCACAGUGUUGGAAGCCAUGAUGGUCUCUGCUAACCUGAAGCUAAGUGAGAAGCAGGAGGUGAAGAAGGAGCUGGUGACAGAGAUCCUGACAGCACUGGGCCUGAUGUCCUGCUCCCACACGAGGACAGCCCUGCUCUCCGGAGGGCAGAGGAAGCGCCUGGCCAUCGCCCUGGAGCUGGUCAACAACCCACCUGUCAUGUUCUUUGAUGAGCCCACCAGUGGUCUGGACAGCGCUUCCUGUUUCCAAGUGGUGUCCCUCAUGAAGUCCCUGGCCCAGGGGGGCCGUACUAUCAUCUGCACCAUCCACCAGCCCAGUGCCAAGCUCUUUGAGAUGUUUGACAAGCUCUACAUCCUGAGCCAGGGUCAGUGCAUCUUCAAGGGCGUGGUCACCAACCUGAUCCCCUAUCUGAAGGGGCUCGGCCUGCACUGCCCCACCUACCACAACCCAGCUGACUUCAUCAUCGAGGUGGCCUCUGGCGAGUACGGAGACCUGAAUCCCCUGCUGUUCAGGGCUGUGCAGAAUGGGCUCUGUGCCAUGGCAGAGAAGAAGAGCAGCCCUGAGAAGAAUGAGGUCCCUGCCCCCUGUCCCCCUUGCCCUCCGGAAGUGGAUCCCAUUGAAAGCCACACAUUUGCCACCAGCACCCUCACACAGUUCUGCAUCCUCUUCAAGAGGACCUUCUUGUCCAUCCUCAGGGACAUGGUCCUGACCCACCUGCGGUUUGUGUCCCAUGUGGUGAUCGGCGUGCUCAUUGGUCUCCUCUACCUGCACAUCGGUGACGAUGCCAGCAAGGUCUUCAACAACACGGGCUGCCUCUUCUUCUCCAUGCUCUUCCUCAUGUUUGCUGCCCUGAUGCCAACUGUGCUCACCUUCCCCUUAGAGAUGGCCGUCUUCAUGAGGGAGCAUCUCAACUACUGGUACAGCCUCAAAGCGUAUUACCUGGCCAAGACCAUGGCCGAUGUGCCCUUCCAGGUGGUGUGCCCGGUCGUGUACUGCAGCAUUGUGUACUGGAUGACAGGCCAGCCAGCUGAGACCAGCCGCUUCCUGCUCUUCUCAGCCCUGGCCACUGCCACGGCCUUGGUGGCCCAGUCUUUGGGGCUGCUGAUCGGAGCUGCCUCCAACUCCCUACAGGUGGCCACAUUUGUGGGCCCAGUUACCGCCAUCCCUGUCCUCUUGUUCUCCGGUUUCUUUGUCAGCUUCAAAACCAUCCCCACCUACCUGCAGUGGAGCUCCUACCUCUCCUAUGUCAGGUAUGGCUUUGAGGGUGUGAUUCUGACCAUCUAUGGCAUGGAGCGAGGAGAUCUGACCUGCUUGGAGGAACGCUGCCCUUUCCAGGAACCACAGAGCAUCCUCCGAGCACUGGAUGUGGAGGAUGCCAAGCUCUACAUGGACUUCCUGGUCUUGGGCAUCUUCUUUCUGGCCCUGCGGCUGCUGGCAUACCUUGUGCUCCGUUACCGGGUCAAGUCAGAGAGAUAG